CAUGUGACCGAGCGGCAGAACACGGAAGAGGAAGCGAAAGCAUUUACCGUCACCAUAAACAUGACAAGCGAAACCUAGAAAGUAAGCUAAUUGUUUAAAAUCACCAGUUUUAAGUUAAAUUAGAUUGCAGAAAGUCGUCGGAAAACGCUUUGUGUCGGACAGCAAUGGCAGUAAACGUGCUGUCGUUCCUCCUGCUGAUGUGGUUUGGCUGUCAGGUCGACGGUCAGCUGGCGAUUCUGCACGCGUCUAAUGGAUCCACAGUCAGAGAAUACUGUCUGGUGUACAACUCAACCUGGAGCAACAUCUCAGACCGCCUGAGUGCAGCUGUGGCCUAUCCGCUGCUGAACCUGACCUCCAGUCAGCUGUGUGUGAGGGGUCAGCAGGACUCUCUGGAGGGUCAGGCUGUGGUGGUGACGAGGGGCAGCUGUGAUUUCGGUCAGAAGGCUCUGGUCGCUCAGGAUCUGGGUGCGUCUGUGCUUCUGAUCGCCAGCAUCAAGAGUAUGUUGACGCCUACGGUAAACAACUCUGUGUUCAGUAAGAUGAAGAUUCCUGUGGCCCUGGUGAGACACCGGGACGUCCUGGACGCGCUGCAGGUGUUUCCUCAGGGGAUGGAGGUGAGGUUAUACGCUCCUCCUCUUCCUCCGUUUGACGCCAGCAUCAUCGUCAUGUUUCUGAUCGCUGUGUUCACGGUGAUGAUGGGGGGAUUCUGGAGCGGCGCGGCCGAGAAGCUGAAGCAGGCCCCGGGGUCUGAGUGUGACGCGGCUCAGGGACUCUCUGACAGCAGUGAGGUCUCGCUCUACUCUCCUCUGAAGGUGCUGCUGUUCGUGGCCAUGAUGUGUGUGAUGCUGGUGCUCAUGUACUUCUUCUACCGCUGGCUCGUUUAUGUGAUUAUCGUCAUAUUCUGCCUGGCCUCAGCGUCAGCGCUCUAUAACUGCCUGGAUUCACUGAUGACUGCACUGGGCUGCAGCACACUCAGUGUUUCCUGUGGAGAGAGAAGUGUGUCAGUACGUUCACUGCUGAUCGCCGCCUUCUGCAUCACGCUGUCUGUCAUCUGGGGAGUGUACCGCAACGACGACAGGUGGAUCUGGAUCCUUCAGGAUCUGCUAGGAAUCGCCUUCUGCCUGAACUUCCUGAAAACCAUCAGUCUGUCAAACUUCAAGAUCUGUGUGAUUCUGCUCAGUCUGCUGCUGCUCUACGACGUCUUCUUCGUCUUCAUCACACCAUUCCUGACACCGAACGGAGAGAGCAUCAUGGUGCAGGUGGCUCUGGGCCCCGGCGCUGGAGGGAAGGGAGACAGCAAUGUAGUGGAGGUUCCAGGAGACCAAACAACCUCCUACGAGAAACUGCCGGUGGUGAUGCGUAUCCCACAGUUCUCUGCGCUGGCUCAGAAUCUGUGUAUGAUGCAGUUCUCCAUCCUGGGCUACGGUGACAUCAUCAUACCAGGUCUGCUGGUGGCCUACUGUCACAGGUUUGACGUGUGGAUGGGGAACUCCAGAAGAGUCUACUUCAUCUCCUGCAGCGUGGCGUACGCCGUGGGUCUGCUGCUGACCUUCGUUGUGAUGCUGUUGUCUCAGAUGGGUCAGCCGGCGCUGCUGUACCUGGUUCCCUGUACGCUCCUGACCAGCUCCGUCCUCGCCGGCGUCCGCAAGGAGUUCACACACUUCUGGAGCGGCUCGGGGACGUAUCAGGUCCUGGACGAGUCUAGGAAGCCCUUGUUAUCAGAGGGAGACGCCGGACGCACCGCUGGACUGAGGAGCUGCUGAGACUCACACUGACCAGUGUUUCCUGUGACACACAGCUGGAUCUGAUGAGAGUCGUGUGUGUGUGUGUGUGUGUGUGUGUGUGUGUGACCGAUCAUCAUCACACUGGGACACUUUACUAAAACAUCAGACUGUCUGAAAAUUACUCUAUAAGGGGCCUUAACCAGAUCAACCUGCUGUUUUUUGUCUUUCACUUUUUUAAUGUAAUCAUUUUUUUAAUUUUGGGGAUAUUUGACAAAAACCUGAUGACCAGUCUAACUCUCUUUCUCUGUAAUCUGAAUAAAUACAAAUCUGAAAA